GUGGGGCCGGCCAAGCCUGCCCCUGCGACAUCGCUGCGCUCCCACAUGAGACGGGACAUGGUGUCCUGGGAGAAGCAAAGUCCCCUUGGGCAGACCGAGGCCAGGGCUCUUUGUGGUGUCACCCUGCAGCAGAGAAACCCAUCGGUAUCUUGGGGAGUGAGUCAGGCACCGGCUCCCCGGCUGGCUGCUUCGGUGUAUCUGGUUUGGGGAGGGAACAGGCUGAACUGGCCGGGACCGGUGAUCUGCUCUCGGAGCCCCAUGCACGCUCCAGGCUCCCUCCCCACCUUGCAAGUGACGCCUUUACGCCCACAGUUGGCAAAUGAAUUAAGAGACCGGUUUACAGGUGAGGGAUGUAUUCUGGAUGCUGCAGUCAAACCCUGCGCGUUGUCUCUGCGCUCGGAAAGAUGAACCCCAAACUUCCCUACGUUCUCCUGGUCGGGGCUGCGGUCGUAAUCUUCGUUCUCUCCUGCAUGCUGCUGAGCAGGGGCAGGCAAUCGCCCAGCUGUGAAUCCCAGCCCCACAUCGUGGAGAAGACAGGCUCCACGAGCCAGAGCCUGGUCUUUGCCGAUCUGACGCCCGAAGAGAUGGCGCAAGUGGUGCGGUACCUGCGGGGAAACCUCGGGGUGCAGCUGGUUGACGCCUCGCGUGCAAAACCUUCCGACAACUGCAUCGCCUCCGUCGACGUGCAGGUCCCCGCCAAGGCAGAGGUGCUGCGGUUCCUGGAUGGCGGGGGGGCUCGCCCCCCCCGGGAGGCGCUGGCUGUGCUGUACUUUGGGAACCAGCCAGACCCCAACGUCACCGAGUACGUGGUGGGUCCGCUGCCAACGCCGGUGUAUCACCGGGACGUCACGGUGCAGAAGUACGGGGGGAAGGUGCCGUACCACCGCAGACCGAUGCUGGGCAGUGAGUACAAGCAGGUGGGAGCGUUCUUAGAGAUGAUGGCGUUUGCUGCAGCCCCAACCUUCCUGAAAGAAGUGUUUGAAUACGAUGGCACCAACAUGGCAUUUCAGACCACAGCCCCUCACGGGUUCCAGUCUGGAGACCGUAAGUCCUGGUUCAUCGUGUUUCAGAACGUGAGCGGGUUCUUUGUGCACCCGGUGGGGCUGGAGGUGCUGGUGGACCACAGCAGCCUGGACAUCUCCCGGUGGGCAGUGAGCAGGGUCUUCUACAACGGGCAGUACUACAGGGACAUGGUUCAGUUAGAGAGCGCCUACGUGCAGGGUCGCAUCAGCGUGGAGAAGGUGAGGAAGGUGCCGCAGGAUGGGGACUUCUCGUCCAUGAAGCCCCGAGCGCCUUCGGCCGCGCUGUUCCCUUUGCAGUACGAGCCCCAGGGUCCCCGCUACAGCGUCAGGAGCAACCAUGUCCUCUUCCAGGCGUGGAGCUUUGCCUUUGGGAUGAGCGUGAGCCGGGGCCUGCGCCUGUUUGACAUCCGACACAAGGGGGAGAGGGUUGCCUACGAAAUCAGCAUCCAAGAAGCGUUGUCGGUGUAUGGCUCCAACUGCCCUGGAGGGAUGUCAACGCGGUACAUGGAUGGGAGCUUUGGCAUCGGGCGCUACACCUCCCCCUUGGUGCGAGGGGUGGACUGCCCGUACUCGGCCACCUAUGUCGACACACACUCUCUGUCUGAGACGCUGAGCCCCAGCAAGAAAAAGGCUUCCCUCUGCAUCUUUGAGCAGAACCUGGGCUCCCCGCUCAGGCGCCACUACUCCAACUUGCAGUCGCUCUACUACGGGGGGCUGGUCAACUCCGCUCUGGUCGUUCGGUCCAUUGCGACCGUGGGCAACUAUGACUACAUCUGGGACUUCAUCUUCUACCAGAACGGGGCCAUCGAAGGCAAGGUCCAGGCGACGGGGUACACGAGCUCGUCCUUUCUCCACGGGGAUGGUCUGAGAUAUGGCAAUAGGGUUUGGGAGCACACGCUGGGCACCAUACACACCCAUUCCAUCAACUAUAAAGUGGACUUGGACGUGGGAGGCCUCACGUCUGGCGCGGUGCGUGUUGCCAUAGGCAUGGCCAGGCAGACGGGGAGACACAGCCCUGUCUGCGGGGCUGACGGCGUGAGCCUGCUCUUGCGUCGGGACCGGCAUCGGGCGCAGCUCCCCGUGACUUGGGAAAGUCCUUUUGGUAUUUCAGCUGCCUGACGUACAGCCUCUGCAGCUCUAUCCCCGCUCCUCUUUUGAGGAAACGCUUGUAAGUUGGAUCUCGAGUCUCGGGCUGCAAAGCCGCUGCUGCGAGCCAGUGAAUUCCCUUGCUCCUGCACAGAGUCACGGUUUUUGGCGGCGGAUCCCUGCGGAGGGUUAUUUGAGUCCAGGAGCAGCUCCUGCUGCACCGUCUGGCGGGCUGAGCAGCGAAGUGCUGGCAGCCACCCUGGGAGGCACAAGGAUGCUCAGCCUGAAAGGACAGCUUUG